AUGCCUCCAGCUGCUCUGGCGCACGCUUGCCACAUCUCAAGCAGCCCAUGGCUGGGGCAGGUGGGCGGCAAGGUGAGGCCCGGUGAGCUGGUUUUCAGCCAGGGCCGACUCGACGAUCUGAGAUCAAGAAUGGAGCGGCGCAUCCCUAGCGCCAGCGGAACACCACCCGCCAUUACCCUGCGUUGA